AUGGCAUCAAAACUAACUUUGUCAUCACCAAACUCUCUCCUCCUCCAAAACCCUAUUAUCCACCACCAGAACCACCAGCUCCUCCUCAAACCCACCACCAAAAUGACAUCUUUUUCAAUUUUAACCAAUAAAGUUAAGGGCUUUUCAAUCAAAUGUGCAGCUACAACAACACCAACCCCACUUUCUCAUAGUCAAGAUCUUGAAGAGAGAGUAUUUAAUUUUGCUGCAGGGCCUGCCACUUUACCUGCUAAUGUCUUGAAAAAGGCUCAAUCUGAGCUUUGUAAUUGGCAUGGAUCUGGGAUGAGUGUAAUGGAAAUGAGCCACAGAGGGAAAGAAUUUCUUUCUAUUAUUCAAAAGGCCGAGGCUGAUCUCAGGGCCUUACUGAAUAUUACUGAAGAUUACACUGUUUUGUUUCUUCAAGGUGGCGCCACUACACAAUUUGCUGCUAUUCCGUUGAAUCUGGUGAAACCUGAAGACUCUGUUGAUUAUGUUGUUACUGGAUCAUGGGGAGAUAAGGCAUUUAAGGAAGCUCAAAAGUAUUCUAAAUCAAAGGUGAUUUGGUCAGGUAAAUCUGAAAAGUAUACAAAGAUACCAUCUUUUGAUAGUUUAGAGCAAACCCCAGAUGCUAAAUAUUUGCAUAUUUGUGCUAAUGAGACAAUUCAUGGUGUUGAAUUUAAAGAUUACCCAGAUCCUAAAAAUGGGAUCUUGGUAGCUGAUAUGUCUUCGAAUUUUUGUUCAAAGCCUGUUGAUGUUUCUAAGUUUGGUCUGAUUUAUGCUGGUGCUCAAAAGAAUGUUGGUCCAUCUGGGGUUACUAUUGUGAUAAUCAGGAAAGAUUUGGUUGGUAAUGCUCAAGGGAUUACUCCUGUGAUGUUGGAUUAUAAGAUCCAAGCAGAGAAUAACUCCCUUUACAAUACACCACCUUGUUAUGGUAUUUACAUGUGUGGUCUAGUUUUUGAUGAUCUUUUGGCACAAGGUGGAUUAAAGGAAGUUGAAAAGAAGAACAAGAAGAAAGCUGAUUUGCUUUAUAAUGCUAUUGAUGAGAGCAAGGGGUUUUAUAGGUGUCCCGUGGAGAAGUCUGUCAGGUCAUUGAUGAAUGUGCCUUUUACGCUUGAGAAGUCUGAAUUUGAAGCUGACUUUAUCAAAGAAGCUGCUAAGGAGAAGAUGGUUCAGCUUAAAGGGCAUAGGUCAGUUGGAGGGAUGAGAGCUAGCAUUUAUAAUGCUAUGCCGUUGGCUGGUGUUGAGAAGUUGGUUGCUUUCAUGAAGGACUUCCAGGCAAGGCAUGCUUGA